GGUCGGGAUCCGGGUUAAGCGGUCGGGACUGUGCUUCUUGCUUGCUCUGCACAUUAUGGACCAGACAAUCAGCUCGCUACCCGUUGUUGACCUAGACAUAUUUUUGAAGGAAAUCAACUCCCCUGAAGCCAGGCAGCAAGCACAGAACACUGCUGAUGCGCUGGUACGGUAUGGAGCACUUGUAGUGAAGGAUUCAAGAGUAACCGAAGCAGACAACGAGCAAUUCCUGGAUUUGUUGGAGGAUUAUUUUGCGCAACCUCAGGAGGAAUUGAAGCGAGACGAGCGCCAAGAAUAUGGGUACCAAGUCGGCGUCACUCUUGAGAACACGGAACGGCCAAAAUGUGCUUCGGACGACUCAUGCCUCAAAGUCAUCGAAAAGCUCGCACCUUCGGAACGUCCACUGGAUAUUUUAGGGCAUAACGCAGACCCCAAAUGCCGAUUUUUCUGGAAGAUGCAAACCUCUCCGCCAUACGAGACAAAGUUUCCUUCCCUUAAUAUGCCCAACGUGGUUCCCCGCCAUUUUGCGGAUGUUUGGCAAACGAGAUUAGAGACUUGGGGAAAAGCCAUGAAGCAAGCCGUCGAAGGUGUGGCACAAAUGGCAGCUAUUGGCUUGGGUCUGGAUCAAAACAUCUUUACUGACGCGGGAAGAUACGGCCCUCAUUUAUUAGCUCCAACGGCCUCCGAUUUGGGUCGCUACGGGGAGAAAGACACCAUCCUGGCUGGUUUCCAUACAGAUUUGAAUUUUUUAACUAUUCAUGGUCGGUCCAGGUAUCCUGGUCUUCAUAUUUGGGCGCGCAACACAGGCAAUCGAAUUGCUGUCAAGGUCCCACCAGGGCAGUAUUUACUCGUACAGGCUGGGAAGCAGCUGGAGCACAUCACUGGAGGUUUCAUCAAAGCUGGCUAUCAUGAGGUUGUUGUCAACCAAGCAACAAUAACGGCUGUGGAGCGAACCCGACGGGAACGCCCUGAACGCCCUCUGAUACGUAUCUCGAGCACUUUCUUCUGGCACCUAUCUUCUGAUUAUGAACUCGCGCCGAUAGAGAGCCUGAAAUCCGUUGCAGAAUUAGGGGCCAAGGAUGAGGAACUCCAGAUAUAUCCACCUAUGCUGGUUGGGCAACAAGUCCAGAACGAGUUGAAGCACAUCGCACUAUUGGUUCAAUAG